AUGGGCCUCUUUGGAUCAUCUGACCCCGUCGAGAAGGAGGAGAAGCGCAUUGCCAAGGACGCCAAGGCCGAGGAGAAGGAGAUUCAUCGCCUGGAGAAGGAGCUCAAGCACGCCGAGAAGGAGCAGCACAAGGCGGAGAAGUCAGAGCACCACGCUGUCUCUGCCAAGGAGAAGUUCCAGAAGGAGGAGGCCAAGCUCGCCACCAAGCUCAGCCAGGCAGAACACAAGCACAACGAGGCUUUGACCCACCAGCAAAAGGCCAACGCCGAGCUGCAGCACUCUACUGAGCACCACGCACAGGUCGGAAACAAGGUCCAGGAGCUUAAGGCCAAGCUCGCCGAGACUGAGGCCGCUCACCACAACAACGUUGCCGACCGUGAACACAAGAUCGCCGACCUUCACCGCAGCAAGGAGCCCACCGUCGGCGCCGCUGCUGGCAGCGGCGUCCUCACCUCCGACUACCCUCAACAGCACGGUGCGGUCGGUACUGGAGCCGUCGGUGGCCAGCCCGCUUACGGAGCACCAGCCGCUGGCAUUCACCAGCAAGGCGUACCCGCUACUGGUCUUCACCAGCAGGGCGUACCCGCUACCGGUGCCUACCAGGGGGGUGAAUACCGGUCGCACCAGGAGGGUGUCCCGGCGACCGGUAUUCACCCCCAGCAGCAGGCGUUGCACCAGGGUGGUCUGGGCCAGGAGCAGGGUCAGGUGGGGUACGGAGGAGCGACCGAGGGGCAGCAUAUCGCCGACGCUCCCCGCAGAUUGUAA